AUGGCCUCCUCCGCCACCGAGCCCUUCGACGAGUCCAUAUCCGCCCGCAUAACCCCCGACAGCCCGAUCGAGACCUCCGAGAUCCUCCUGCGCGCAUGGCAGCACGACACCCCCGCCAUCAAGAAGCUCCUGGACGCCCCAGGAAAAGCCUCUGUCCAGGACCCCAAGACAGGCGAGACGCCCCUACACGCCGCGAUCCGGUCAUGCGGGCCCGCAGCAGCAGCAGCAGGGACGGACUCAGAAGCAGACAAGGAGAACCUCGAGAAGGCCAAGGCAACAGUGCAGGAGCUGCUCCUGUGGGGCGGGAUAUGGAAUGAUGUCGACGACCACAACGAGACACCCGGGUGCGUCGCGCUACGACUAGGCCAGAAGGAGCUCUACGAGAUGUGCGUCCAGGCCGGCGUGCGCGCAGAGAUGCUGUUCGGGCUGCUCGACGGGUACGAGGCGCUGAGCUCCGGGUCAGAGGCGGACGACGAGGAAAUGGCAGAAGCAGAAGGCGAAGAGGAGGAGGAGCCAGCGCACGUCGAGGUCGAAUACGACGGCCCGACCGGCGCGCCCGAGGACGGCGACGACGCGCCCGAGCUGGUCGAGACCGCCGCGGCGGAGCCCAAGUUCGAGCCGCCCAAGCCCGGCGCCGACGCCGACGUCAAGAGCGAGAAGUACCUGCGGUCCAAGCUGACGUACUCGGACGGCAAGCUGGUCGACGACGACGGCAACGGCGUGAUGAUGGCCUGGGAGACGGACAUCAUGCGCAGGAGUGUCGACGCCCUGCUGCCGGGGAAGCAGCCCGGGAAGAGGAUCCUCAACGUCGGCUUCGGAAUGGGCAUCAUCGACAGCAUGUUCGCCGAGACCAAGCCCGCGCGGCACCACAUCAUCGAGGCGCACGAGGAGGUCCUCGAGCACACGUCCUCGCCCGAGUCGAGCUUCGGCCCCGCUUGGGAGGCGAGCGGCCCAGCGGAGGGCGCCUACAAGAUACACAGGGGCCGGUGGCAGGAUGUCGUGCCCGUGUUGCUGGAGCACGGCGAGGUCUAUGAUGCUAUCUAUUUUGAUACCUUUGGGGAGGACUACAGCCAGCUUCGCAAGUUCUUCACCGAGUACAUCCCCGGCCUUCUGGACCAGAACGGUAUCUUUGGCUUCUUCAACGGGCUUGGCGCGGACAGGAGGGUCUGCUACGAUGUCUACACUAAGGUCGUAGAGAUGCACAUGACCGACGCAGGCAUGGAUGUGGAGUGGGAUGAAAUUGAUGUAGAUUUGAAGGGGUUGGAGGAGGCGGGCAAGGGCGAGUGGGAGGGUGUCAAAAGGAGAUAUUGGACAUUGGACAAAUAUCGGUUGCCGACUUGCACUUUUUUGGGCUGA